UCUCAUAAAUUUUGUAAAGCGAGUGACGAACAUCUGAUUUUAACAUGCCUCCUAUUGUGGUUUCAAAAUUAUGUAGUGUUUUUAUUUGUGUUCUAAUGAAUAUUAACUUAGUAGUUGAUUCCAUUUCUGAAAAGAAAUGAUAUCUGCCAAGAAGGAUGGUCUAGAAAAUGUUAAUUGUCAAAAUAAGUAUGAUGGUGUCCUAAAUAUAGAUGUCAUAAAUCAUGGGAUUGGUAAAACAAUGUUGAAUAGCGUUUCUUGCUGUGGUGAUGAAGCAAUCAAAUCUACAUCUCCUAGUAGUAGGAUAAAACUUGAAUAUUUCAACAUUAGUAGACGUGAGAGAUUGUCACAUUUGGAUAAUCAAGGAAAAUGUAUAGCUUCAUAUGAGGACACAAUCAAUAAAUUGUCCAAUAUCAAUGGAAAUUACAAAAGUAGAUUAUCAACUGAACAAACACUUAAUAAAUAUGAAAACAUAAGAGUUAACAAUUCCCUAGCAAUUGGGCAAUCAGAAAAUAGGGUACAAUCUCAUUCUGAAUCAAUAAGUAAAAGUAUUGAAGCAAGAGAGAAAAAAGUGAAUGAUGAAGUUGGAAAUACGUCUAAUUAUUCUAAUGAGAAAGAAGGGAAUAAGGCAAUGGAAAGAGGGAAAAUCAAUAUAAAAGAUCGAAGUUUUCAAGUGAGGAAGGCACACUAUCUGCGACUGAUUGGGAAUCAUGCUUAUUUGAAUAAAUUUGAUCGAGAACAGAAAAGAAACUGUUCCAGGGAUUUACAUGUAUCCAAAAUUAAGAGUUCGAAUGGAAGUGCCCAAGAAAUUAGUAGGAGAAUUAUUAUAAAUCAACAAAUUGAAAAUAUGAAAUCAGGUUUUAAGUCAUCUUCAGAGCAACUGACAAUGCUUGAUGAAAGUUUAAAUGAUCAUUUCUCCAAAGCACAUGAAAAAACUGCGAGAAAUUUUGAUAAACCGGUUCAUAUUGGAAAACUUCCAAAAAAUAUAAAAAUGAAUAAUGAAAAACCAAAUGCUGUGUUUCCACAUUCUCCUGAGUCUUUCCAGGCUAUAAACAGACAAAGUAAUCAUAAUUUGCAAAGCGAACAGAAGAACAAUAUGGAAAAAAAUCCUACCUCAUAUCAGACUAGAUAUGACAAGAUUAUCAGCUCUUCAAGUAGUUCGUCAAAUACUUCCAUCAGUGAUGAUGAUACAAACAGUCUCAAACAAAAAAUUGAUCUGAAGAAUGAAGGAUAUAAUGGUUCAGCACUGGAGAAGUGCCAAUCAGCUGGAAAGAGAGGCGAAGGAGAUUGUAAUUUGGUAUCCAAUUCUAACAAUUUAUCAGUGAAAAUACUCUUGCCACUAAGAGAAAGCAGAAAUCAUUCUUCAAAAUCUAGAGCUGGGAAAUGUAUAAAGAGUUUGAAACUCCAGAACAAAUUGAAGGAUAAAUUAGAAAAUGAUUCUCAAAGAAAACAGCAAACAGUUGAACGCGAGCAUCAACUGUAUUACAAUUUCUUAUUACCCGAGAACAAUUUUAUUGAAAAAUGUUUUGGGGGCACGACUGAAAAUGCUACAUCACAAAAUAUUCAGAAUCCAGCCAUUCAGAGGGAAAAUUCAAGUAAUACUAACACUGUUAUACAGAGAGAUUCUCUUCAUACAAAUCAAGAUUUCUCUUCUGAGAGUACUACUAGGGUAGAGUUCAUGUCAGUUCAUAAGAGAAGAUCUCGAAACCGUAAUUCGAAGCCAAAAGGUUCUCACCAAGGUGAGAGAGAAAAGAAAAAGGUCUAUCCUGGUAAUAUAGUGAAAAUGAGAGAAGAUGAAACACCGUGUGAAUAUCUCAACCAGUUUUCAUCUAUUCUGAUUGAUAAUCUCAAAGAUCCUAUUCCAAAAGAUCCUCUCAAUCUACCAUCUGCCUGUAAUGUCUAUGUUCCAGUAAGGGAACAUCCGAUACCUUUAGAACAAUAUGCAAAGCAUUAUAUCAGUACGUCCAAUUUUACAGUAACUAGUGAAACUUUGAGUGAAGCCAGUGAUUCCAAGAGUCAAUCUAUUAAGACAUCGAAAUCAAUAAUAAUUUUGAAAAAGAUCAGCGAGUUAACAAAAAUAUCGGAUGAUAAAAAUAAGACUAAGAAGUGUUUGAAAGAAAAAACAAUUGAAAAAGGAAAAUAUAACAAACGAUUGCAUCGCCAGAGUGAUCAAAGUUUUGUAGAGAGACCUUGCUGUUGUUUUAUUCAAUAAAUAUAAUUCUUAAACACUUU